AAGACUGCUUUUGUGCUCCAGGCUCACAUAUAAUGAAAAAUAUAGAUUUUUUUUAACACCGUAUGAUUGUUUUACAGAUUGAGUGUGAUUAUGGCACCAUUCACCAUUUCUCCACAUCAUCCGCUGCCGUAUCAGUGCGGUUUACCUCAGAAAGGUCUGUUGAUGCAAUCCGAGACGAGUCCUGAGCUUUGGUCCGGUUCACCUGGAGAUCCUCAUCGCAGAACGUCCAUCGAGAAGAUCAGAGUCGGUCUGUGGCAGCUCGUCCAGAGAGUCCUGAACUUCUGUACGAGUGUGACCGAGCUCCUCCGCUCCAAGAUGUUUCUCUUCAUUUGUGUGGGAAAAAACAUGACCAUGACCGGCGAGCUGAAGAAGAGCGGCGUGGAGGAGGUCUUGGAGAGGCCUGGAGGCGAAAUCAGCGAUGGAGCUUCAGAAAUGAAGGUCGUUGUGGAGUCUGAUGAUGAUGAGCGGGAAUCGUCUGCGUUUGACUCGGAUGAAGAGGAAGAUGAUGAAGCCAGGCUCUCUGAUGAAGAAACCGAUGAGGAGGAGGAGGACAAGGAGGACUGUGAGACAGAGGACGAGGACUCUGAAUGGUCUGAUGAGGAUGAAGCAGACUCUGAGGCUUCAGCAGAGAGUCUUGAGCUUUGGGAAUCGUUUCUCAACAGCGGUGACCCCUACAACCCUCUGAGCUUCUGCUCGUCCAUCGGCUCCAGAACAAACACGGAGCAAAAGCAGCAAACUCAACCUCCGCCAGCGACAAGACCAGAAGAGAGUGAGCCAAAUCCAAAACCACACUCAAAGGAGGGCGGGAAGAAGGUGUGUUUCAGUGAUCAGCUGACUGUGCGCCCCCUGGUGGCGUGGAGUUUCGCGAGCCGGGCCGCAAGGGACGGCUCUUGUUGGAUGCAGAUGGCCAGAGACCGAGAGCGUUUCAGAAGAAGAGCGGAGAGCAUCGAGAUGCUCCUUGAGCCCUGCCUGACGGCUGAACACCGAGCCGGAGUGUGGGAGAGACUUCAGAGAAAAACAUCCUCAUAAUGCAUCAUCCUCCAGCUUAAUGUGUUAUUAUCAUCAUAAUGUAGCAGUUGAUCUAGAUGUUGGUGUAGUUUUUGGUGCUUUUAGUUUUGUGUGUAAUUACUGUGUAAUUUCUGUUGUUACAGUAGCGUGGUGCACUUUAUUUUUAUGUCUUUUGUCUUAUUGGGAUUUCAUUUUGUGUUUUGCACAUGUAUAAUUUUACUGUACUACAAAACACUGUAAUUCUAAGACAUUUCGUAUUUUAUAUGGCAGCUGAAAAAUAUUAAACUUUUCUGUUUCUUG